CUUCUGUUUACAUCCGGGAAUUUGACAAACAAAAUGGCCGACGAAGAAACGGCAGACCGCGACGAUGCGAGUUGUUCUGUGGGAAAUAACAUAUUCGAAAUUUUGCAAAAUCAAUCAAAGACAGACGCAACAAAACCACAAGUAUCUGUUCGAGUUGAAGACAAAGCUGACACAAACGGGAAGAGUAAGAAAGAUCCAUUUUUAUUUCGUAACCUACCUGGGCUCCAUGUUUCCCAUGCUGUUGACCCUGUGCAUGUUUCAUCAGACAACAACAGCAAAUUGAGCUCCUUUGAUGAGUCUAGUUCGUCCCCCGAAAAUAAAAGACUGCAUUUAACAGUAUCGCAGCAAGGAGCCAAUAUUCCGGAUCCAUGUGUCAGUCCUGAGUCCAAUAAGAGAAAACGCAUUCAGCAUGACUACAGGAGGCUGUCUAACUCUGGGUACCUAGAUGAUUAUGUUUGUCGUGAAGGAAGGUUUUCCUCAACAAGUGAAUCAGAAGCUGGUGUCUCCCCAUCCCCUCCAAAGACCAAAAUGAAACCUUCAGUGAAUGGUGCUUCAGUUGUUUCUCCAAAAGGAUCAUCCCCUGGGAAGAAAGAGAUUUUGGUGAACAUUGGGAGUAACGAUGUAAAAGACAGCCCUAUCAAAUUAGAGCCAACAUCGGGGAUUCCAGAAAAGAAGGAAAAGAAGCACCACCACCAUCACUCCAAGCACCACCGACAUCACAAACACAAGCACCACACAGAAAGAAGGCAAGGGCCAGCAGAACUCACUAACCAAAGUCAUGUGGAGUCCACAGGUAAAAGUCCGGGUUUACUCGGUGACGUGACGGACUCGCCACAGAAAACCUACAUUCUAAGUCGGGACGAGUUCACUAAUACAAUAAGGAUUUCCUCCAGCAAGAAGCGCAUUGUGAACAACUGUGGAGUACAAGUCAACCUAAGGAGACGAACUGAAAAUAAGUAUGUGCAGGUGAAUUUGUCAAGGAGGCAUGAUACGUCAGGUGUUCAGACACCUGAAAAGGUGAGUGUGAAUGGACAUAGCAUUAAACACAGCGUGAUAACCGGCUCGCGGGUGUCUCGAGGGGUACAGACUGUUCAGACUGCAGAAAGCACAGCUAAGACCCCCAAACCAAUAGAGAUCGUACCUAAAACAGAGAGCACAGCUAAAACCCCCAAACCAACAGAAAGACAGCAGCACAGUGAGAAAAGUUCCGAAAGGAAAGAGGAGAGCAUAGACACUGAAAAAUUGAUCGAUUCAAAGUUUGUUCCAUAUGAUAAACAUCUGUCCGCCACUUGCGUAGAUAAUCCGCUUGUGAAAUCGAAAUUUAAACAUCUGAUGCAUUUGGAGCAGUACCCCAAUGGUGGAGCGUUAGUUCUUCAUGUGUAUCAAAGUGAAAUCUCUAAACUGUCUCCAGAAGAGAUGGAAGAAUUUGUGAGGGACUAUUUUGACUUUGUGUAUGGGGAGAGCAGUGAGGGGGUGGCACACUGUGUGAUGGGCAUUGUGCACGACGCAAUCACAGACAUGCCUGAUUUCAUUGAUUACUUUGCAGAGAAACAUCCAGAAAUCAUCGUCAAGGCAGGAGUUUUGGGCAAGUCAGACAUUGAAACAAUGACAAUGACGAAGUAUCAGGAACAAAUGGUGAAGUCUUACAUGAAUGGAACUUUUCGGUGUGGACCCCUCCUGCAGAUCAGUUUAGUGGGCACAGUGCAUGAGGAGGUGGGGGGAUUCUUUCCUGCCUUUUUAGAUGUGCUGGAAGCCAACCCGUUCCUGAAGGUGGUGAUGCCCUGGGGUUCUCGCUCGGUGGUUCCCGACAUGCCCAGAAACCGGAGCAAUGAUGGACCCAUUCUGUGGGCAAGGCCUGGGGAACAAAUGGUCCCCACGGCAGACCUCCCGAAGUCCCCGUAUAAACGGAAAAGGGGACUGAAUGAGUUGAAGAAUCUCUCCUAUCUUCCUCGGGCCUCUGAGCCUCGGGAGAACUUGGUGGAGGAUCGGACUCGGUGCCAUGCUGAUCACGUGGGUCAUGGCUUUGACCGGAUGACCACUGCUGCUGUUGGCAUGCUGAAGGCGGUCAAGUCUGAGGAGCAGGAUGGUUGCAGCAGUGACUCGCGGGCCGUGAAGGACGUGAUCUGCUUCCACUCAGGAGAUUUUGUACAGCUGGUGGACAAGCUACAGCUAGAUCUACACGAACCACCUGUCUCACAGUGUGUUACAUGGGUGGAAGAUGCCAAGUUAAACCAGCUACGCAGAGAUGGAGUCCGUUAUGCUAGGAUACAGCUGCGAGACAAUGAUAUUUACUUUAUUCCUCGUAACGUGAUCCACCAGUUCAAGACUGUGUCAGCGGUCACCAGCAUUGCGUGGCACUGUCGUCUCAGCCAUUACUACCCAGACAUCCCCGAGGAGGGGGAGGGAGUCAGUGUUGAAUCCAUUGCCAAGCCGUUAGAUUCUAGUAUCUCCACAGAAGAGACGGAAGAGAAACCUAAGAAAGUUUUGGAAGAGAAAAUCCAUUCUACAAACCAUCCUGAAAAGAAACCAAAGGUUCCUUCCUCACAUAGUGUAGAGAAAAAGGAGAAGUCGAGUCAUCAUCACUCAACUCCGGAUAAAAAAGACAAGGGACAUUCCUCUGGUACUUCAGAUAGGAGAGACAAAGUUCCAUCUCUUGCUACUCCCAGCAAAAAAAUCAAAGUUGUCUCAGGUGAGGUACAGGAUAAGAAAGACAAAGCGUCCUCAAGUGGUGGUACCCCAGAUAAGAGAGACAAAGUGUCCUCAAGUGGGACCCUGGAUAAGAGAGACAAAUUUUCUUCAAGUGGUACCCCAGUUAAGAAAGACAAAGUGUCCUCAAGUGGUACUCCCAAUAAUGGAGACAAAGCUCCAUCAGCUGGUACCCCAGACAGAAAGGAGUCUCACAAACACCAGAGUUCUGGUGAGAAGGGCUCCGAUAAAUCUCACAGGCACAGUAGUUCGUCCAGUGACCGAAGCAAAGAGAAAUCCUACAAACAUCAUUCUAGUUCAUCCAGUCAUUCAGACAAGUCCCUGAAACGGCCCCGGGAAGAGUCAGGAGACAAAGACAGUGAAGUGAAGAAAAAGCAUUCAAAAGACUCUCAUUCUGAUAAACACCCAAAACAUUCGGGCAUGGAAAAAGUUCAUAAACACUCAAGUUCUAAGUCCAGUCCUUCAAAAUCUCUCCUCCAUGGACAAAAUUCUGUAGAAAAAUCAUCCAAGCAUCACUCUGAUUCUCCUAAACGAGAGCACAGCGACAAGUCAAGAAAACAUCAUUCGAGUUCCUCAGGGAAAGAGAGUAGGGACAGAACACCUCAGAAGAGACCCAUGUCAUCUGGGGAUGGUCAAGGGGAAACGACGCCCAUGAAAAUGGCAAAGACAGAUCGGCAGCAAAGUGCAGAAAAAACUCCCACAAAGUUCUCAGUUUCUUAUUCCAGCCCAGAAAGCGGAAAGGAGAAAGGUCACCAGCAAUCUACCCCAAAGAAACACAGUCACAGCAACCAUUCAUUAUCCAGUGGGGGCAAGGCGGAGAAAUCUCAUCCAAAGCAAGCAGAUAGCAGCAACAGCAGCAGUGGUGGUGUUGGAGACAGUGAGAGGAAAGACAGAGUGAGUGAGAGUGAGAGAACAUCAAAGGUGUCACAAGUGAAGGAGGAAAAGUCAGAGGACAGAUCUGUAACUGUGUCUCAUUGCGAAAGCAGGAAUAACAAUAAUCUCCCAACUCCCACCUGUAAAAUGGAAGUUGAAGUCAGUAGUGAGAAAGUGACAGUGCAGACAGAAGAUGUCAGUGUGGGGAAUGAUCAGCAUCUUGUGGCAUCAGUCAGUGAAAAAUCAACUGAUAUUGUGGACAAAGUUGAAAAUGUGGAUCAGCCUUCAACAGACGUAGUUCAAGAAAAGACUCCUUUUCCUGUAGGAAAAAUUGAUGAAGAAACGGAUGUGGUGAAGUCUGAUAAACUGAGUCCAUGUGUUGUGGAUGAUCCAUCAGAUCUGAACUUGGAUAGAAACUCUACCGUGGAAAAAAACUCAGUUUUGGUGGAGACUAUGUCGAAUGGCUCCAACUCCAAGGUACCUGAAUGUAAAGAGUCACUGGAAUCUUCCACUAACAUUCAAUCUGUUGAUGUGGAGAAGAAAGAAACGUAGCGAAAUGUGGAAGGGAAUAUGGAUUUAAGGUUGUUUAUGCACUAAAAGGAUUAUAUAUUUUGAUUUCUUUCCAUGUAUUUUUCGAAAGAAUGACAUGGACAUCCAAAUCAUUUGGGUAUACUUCUAUUUGUGAGUAGAUUUCAACAGUUCUAAUGUUUUAUCAGAAAUCAAUGGUAUGCAAGCUAAAUGCAAUACAUGUAUUAUGUAUCACUGACAGUUUUAGUUGGUUUCAGUGUCCAAGCUGAUUCAUCAUUUGAAUUAAAAAAGAUCAAAUUGGAAAUAUAAAAUGUAUUUAUGAAUCUCAAUAUACAUUGUUUAAGAAAUGAGAAAAGUUCAAUACUUCCAUAUUUGGUACUUUGGUUUUGGGGAAUUUUGUUGAAUCCUCGGCAAAUUAAAGGGGAAGGAAACUAAAAAUAUGUUGUACAAUAAAUCAAUUAAUUAUUAUCUACUAUAAUUGUAAAUCGUAUUUAUUUUCAUUAAAAACCCCGGAACAAUGAAUAAAUCAAGAAAAUCGAUCGCUUAAUUUAAAUUUCCCGCCGCCAUUGAACUUUAAUCAAUGACCUCACACCAUCUAUUCCGGUUUGUUUUAUCAACAUAACAUCAUGAUAUUCGCUCUAAAUGACAAGUUCUGGAAAAUUUGAAACAAUAUUGAUUUGAGACCGUUCUUUUACCUUUCCAAACUACAAACUAACGUCAAAUGGAGCAUGUUCGUUGAAAUCUAAAAGCGGGGGUUAGUGUCGGAGAAAUCUCCGCGUAAAUGUGGAAAUUGUCAACAGAUGCCAAGUAUCAUAGAAAAUGUCUGCCGUCACAUGGUAAUUCCGAAUUUAAAGAAUGAAUUUUAAACAUCCCGAUUACAAUUAUAACAUUCAUUUAUUCAGGUAGCGAAGACCUUGACUUGGAAUAAAGAAUUUAAUCGAGGUUGUUUUCAACUUUGAAUGAUGGCAGAUUAAUAGCUGUCAUUUACUUAUAAAAAUGCAUAUAUUUAUGCAUACAAUGAUACAUGUAUUUAUUCUUUAGAUUGACGAGUGAACUCAAACAUUAUCAAUUUUGUUUAGUCGAUUAUUUGAGUAACAGAAAGGUAUAAACCAGCGUUAAUUAUAUUCAGAGCACUGUGUACAUUCAAUAGUAUAUGUAAACCAAACCGGAAUAGAUAGUGUGACGUCAAAAUAAUUAAUUUUUUUGGUUUUUUAUACAAAAGAGUUCUACAUCAUGUCAGCCUCCAGUAAAUACGAUUUCUCCAACUUCAAACGUUCGUUAAAGCUUAAUUACGUAUUUUAUGUUCAAAACAGCAUGACUACAUGUGAUAAUUUACACCACUUUAUUAAAAUAAAUAAAUUAUGUUUUUGACUUUCCUUCCCCUUUAAAGGAAGUAAAGAAAUGAUUACUAGGAUUUAUACAAAAUUAUUUGUUUUGUUCUAUCACUUAUUCUUUCUUUUGGACAAUGGUUCAUUUCAGGAUAGUUGUUUUUUUCCUGUCAGUAAUUUAUCAAACAUUACAAUUACAUUACUAUGUUUACAUUGGCUUUAAUGUACAUGAGCAAUUGGUUUUUUUUUAAUUCAGUCACAAAGGCAGCUACCUCUGAACAUACAAUUGUGUGUAAUUAUUUAUAUGAUUCCUUAUUGUGUACCAACCAAAAUCAUGUUACAUUUGAGAACUUCUCUACUGCCUAAUAAUGUUUUUUUUUUUUUUAGGUUGUUGUGAAUUUUAUGCAUAGAUUUGUAUAUGUACAUGUAUACAAAUGAAAAGAAAAGAACCUUGAGUAGAACAAUUAAAAGGGUUGGAUGGUCAGGACGAUUUCUAUACUUAAUUAAUCACCUAAGAAAAAGAGUACUGUUUAGAGAUUUAGAAAAAUAUUCUAAAGCUGAAAUACAUGUAUUUGGAAUUUUUGUUCCUAAACAAUUCAGUCAUUUAAAGCUACUAAAGAGAAAUAAUAUCUAAGUAUAAUAGGUAGAUCUGAUGGAAAUGACCUCAUUUGAUGUUUGAUAAAAGUACCUUGGCCAUUCUGUUUAUAUGAAAUCAUUCAACUUAUUUUGGGGCAAUUUUCAUGGAUUACCGAUUUUUCAUGAAUUCAUUUAUGGCAGAUUUGCAUGAAUGAAUAAUAAAUAAAAACUGUUGGAUUCAAAUUUGUCCCAAAUUGAGCAACAACAAGUUCUAAUGAUUCCACAGAAGAUUAUGGCAUUAAAAAAAAGUGCGCUCUUUGAUUAAAUUUCAUUGUACAACCAUGCUUGACCAUUCUGUAGAAAAUACAGAUACCCUCUCUUGAGCUUAAGAGA